UAAUAGCAGUUACUGUCCAAACUUUGUGGGCCUAUGAAUGCGGCAAUUCAACCAUCAAACGGGUUAGCGAUGGACAGGAUGUCCAACGUAUGGCCUGGCCGUGGAUGACGUACCUCAAGUCUUUUGGUGACGAAUAUAUCGAAAAUGGAAUGAUAUUAUCUAAUGUAUUUACUUGCGGCGGUAGUCUAAUCAAUGAUCAAUGGGUUUUAACUGCAGCUCAUUGUGUUGUUGAUGAAGAUAACAGAAAUCAGAAAUUCCAGAUGAUUCGAAUUAGUUUUGGCGAACACAAUAUAAAAGAUGAAAAUAAUCCAGAUAAAAGAAUUAGAAUAUCUUACUAUAAUGACAUUUUCGUUCAUCCUGAGUAUAAUAGUGAAACUAAAUCCAAUGAUAUAGCAUUAAUAAGAUUUCCACCAUUACGUUUGGAUGAUAAAGAUAAACAUUUACAACCAAUUUGUUUGCCACCAACAGUUAAUAGUCGGUAUGCUAACGGCGCCAAUUGUACGUUAACUGGUUGGGGUCGGACGAGAUACACCAAAAAAUCAGAUAUAUUACAAGAACUUGAUGUCAAAGUUUUUCCAUAUAACGUGUGUAAAUCCAUAUAUAAUAACAACAAUAAUUACGAUAACAAGAGAUUGUGUGUCAAAAAUGAUGGCUGGAGAAGGUUUGCCGGACCGGGCGAUAGUGGCGGACCAUUGAACUGUCAACUGUCCAGUAGAGCCUGGGCUGUCGAAGGUAUUGCAUCGUAUAUAAGUAGUAAUGAAACAAUUAAUAGAAAGCCAGAUGUCUAUACUAAUGUUUUACCAUAUGUUCAUUGGAUCAAAAAUAUAACCGGAAUUACAACAUUGUUAGGACAGUGGUUACCAAUCCUGCGAAUCGGUUAUACAACUAUUGAACCGGAAGUUAUUGAUCGACUAAGAAAACAGUCGGCACCCAUGUAUGUGGCUGUCAUGGGUUGGGACGGUUCCCGUGGAACGGGAUGUAUAGUAGGUCAUCAUCUAUCGGUUAAUAACACAUUUACGGUACGUGUACUGACCUGUGCGCACGCUGUCUGCCUGCAGCUACCCGUCCAGGUCUACGGUAUCCGUAUAUCUGGCCCGACUGGUCAAACAGGACGGGUAGUCGUGAUGGAUCCGGGAUUAGAUCUGGCACUGGUUGAACUCAGUGUCGAUUCAACCGCUAGUAUACUAGACUUUCAGUGGUUGCCGACCACUGCCGACGGCGCUUCCGACGGCCAGUUGUUUGGCCAACCAGUCCUGGCGUUCGGGUUUCCCACUGAUAGCUACAAUCUGUGUACGGGUUUGGUUAGCUGUCCGGCUGGCCAACGGUUUGCUGAAGAAAACUAUAGACAUUUUGCUGCCGCACGUCAUGUUGAUCUAACCUCCCAAUACCUACACUACCCCAUACCGGAUCAGCAGUCAAUAAUGGGAGGUCAGGGACAAUAUCCAGCGGACGGUACGUUCAAUAUUGAACAUACAGCUCAAACAGAGUCGGGCUAUUCGGGUGGUCCGCUAAUUGAUGCCGAUUCGGGACAACUGUUGGGUAUUAAUCAUUCAAUUGGUGUGAAUAUAACAUUUGCCAGUUCUAGCAAUUAUAUCAAUGAUUUAUUAGAUAAGGCCGACAUAUGUAAGGACAGACAGUUUCAGAGACGUCGGUUAGAGCACCGGCCUAUCAGAUUGGGCGUCGAGUUUGCCUACUAUUUUGAUUCAUGCAGUCUUACCGAUAAAAUUAUCGAUACCGACGGCAAUUUGAAACUUUGUUUUCUACUAUUAGCAGUUACUACUAUCGAAAGUCUAUGGGCCUAUGAAUGCGGUAAUUCAACCAUCAAACGGGUUAGCGAUGGACAGGAUGUCCAACGUAUGGCCUGGCCGUGGAUGACAUUUAUCCAGUCUAUUGCUAGUGAAGUUCAUAUGGGAAAUGGAAGGAUUCAAAGCAAGGGAUUUAAUUGCGGCGGUAGUCUAAUCAAUGAUCAAUGGGUUUUGACUGCAGCCCAUUGUGUCGUUGAUGAAAAAACUAAUGUGAAAUACAAGAAAUAUACGCUAACUUUUGGCGAACACAAUAUAAAUGAUAAAUAUAAUCCGGAUAAAAGAAUUAGAUUUUCUAACUAUGAUAACGUUUUCGUUUAUGAUGGCUACGAUGGAGAAACUGUAACCAAUGAUAUAGCAUUAAUAAAAUUAGACAAGCCAUUACGUUUGGACGAUCGUGAUAAACAUUUACAACCAAUUUGUUUGCCGCCAACAGUUAAUGCCCAGUACGCUAACAACAAUUGUACGCUAACUGGUUGGGGUGAGACUCAAUCUGGCCAAGCAUCUGAUAUACUACAAGAACUUGAUGUCAUAAUUUUAUCACCAAACGUUUGUAAAUCCAAAUAUCAAGGCAAAUAUUACGAUGAAAAUACGAAAUUGUGUGUCGAAGAUGAUGGCUUAACUAGAUUUUCCGGACAUGGCGAUAGUGGCGGACCACUUAACUGUCAACUAGCCAGCAGAGCCUGGGUUGUCCAAGGUAUUGUUUCGUAUACUAGUAAACAGGACUAUAGUAUAGGUAGAAAAAAUUUAUUCGAUGAUACAGUAGAAAUUAUAGGAACUAAAAGAAUCAAACUUCCAGACGUCUAUACUAGUGUUGUAGCAUAUAUUCCAUGGAUUAAAAGAAUAACCGGAAUGAAAUAAUGAUCAUGAUGUUUUUUUCUUAAUUUUUUUUAAUUAAGAAAUAAAUCUCCACACCUAACGGUACUGAUUAAAGCGAAAAAAAAAUUAUAAAAUCUAUAAAAUCUAUAAAAUCUAUAAAAUCUAUAAAAUCUAUAAAAUCUAUAAAAUCU